GCCGCCACUUGUUUCUCGGCUAGCCCGAGCUCGCCGCCGCUCCAGUCAGUCUCCGCUGUGCGGGUCAGCGUGCGGACGGCCAGGGCUGCAGUGCCCCUCGGGAAUGUGAUUGACCCGUGCCGAGGAAGCUUGGCGGCUUGGCUGUGCGUCUUCCACACCUCUCCCUUUCCUCUUCUCCCUUUCCUUUAAAAAGGAAAGAAAGAAAGAAAAGAAAACCCCGCAAGUUCCAUCAGACACACUCCAGAGGCUCCCCUUAACCGUGCAGCUUCUUUGCGAGGCAGCGGCAGCGGCCCCAGUAGCAGUCGCCGGGAGCUGCUCCGGGUAGCGUGCCGGUCCGGCGGAGCCCCUAAGCCCCAGCCGCCGCUGCUGCCCCCCGUAGGUUGUGACUCCGGAGCCCUUGCCCCGAUCCGAGGCUUAGUGCGGACCGCGCCAGCCGUCUUCUACCAUCUACAGUACAACCACUGUCUCCUCCUGCGCUCCUGCUCCAGCUUCUGCUCCGAUACAGCCUGGCUGGGCUGAGGCCAGGCUCCGCAAUCCCCGCUGCCACCCUCGAGCCUAGGCUGGGGCCGCUGCUGCAGCCAAAAGCUGCUGGAUCCCAAUGAUCUUGAGAUGCAGCUCUUGAGAAUGGCAUACAACAACUGAGAUGAUGCCUUCCUUCUAUUACAGAUGAAUACAAUGUGAGCUUUGGCAAAGAGACUUCCAGCACACUUGAAUGAUUGGAUUCUAUCAAAGGAAGAAUUGCAUGAAUCAGCUUCCAAAACAAUACUGUUGGCAGAAAGAUUUAUCAUUUCUGCUGCUGAUGUCUGAAUGUUUGGAAGACUAAUCACUCAACCCUGCUGGUACCAGUUCCUGAGACCAUCAUGGGACCUGAAGGUAGCCUUCUGCAUGGUGGACAGGUGCACAUCAUCAUCUGGGGGAGUUUGGCAGCUGUUGCAACUUUCCUACUCAUUACCUUCCUCAUCUUUCUGUGUUCCAGUUGUGAAAGAGAAAAGAAGCCAAAACAACAAAAUGGUGACCAUGAGAACCUGAUGAAUGUGCCUUCAGAUAAGGAGAUGUUCAGCCAUUCAGUUACUAGUCUGGGUACUGAACUUCCUGCCAGCAGUGAACAAAAUGGGGGCCUUACCAAUGGAGACAUUCUUUCAGAAGACAGUACUAUGACAUGCAUGCAACAUUAUGAAGAAGUACAAACUUCUAUUUCUGACCUGUUGGAAUCUCAGGAUAGUACAGGAAAGUCAGCGAAAUGUCAUCAAAGUCGGGAAUUACCUAGAAUUCCUCCUAAUGAUACCUUGGAUACUAUUCUUACCACAAGCAAUGUGGAGAGUGACCAGGGUCUUGGAAUGGAAGGACCAUAUGAAGUUCUCAAAGAUAGUUCCUCCCAAGAAAACAUGGUGGAAGAUUGUCUGUAUGAAACUGUGAAAGAAAUAAAAGAAGUAGGGACAUCAGCCAACCUUGAAAAGGGCCAAAAUGGAAGACCAAAUUCGGUAACUGCUUUUAAAGAGAUUCAGGGUCCUCAGGUCUUGAAUAAAAUUGAGUCUGCAGAAUAUGCCUCUGUGGACCGAAAUAAAAAAAGUCGACACAGUGUCAAUGCAGAGAGUAUUCUUGGAAAUUCCGUGGAUGUAGAGGAAGAAGCCCCACCACCUGUCCCUGUAAAACUCCUUGAUGAGAAUGAAAAUGUACAGGAUAAAGUAGAUGGGGAGACAGUAAAUAAAGGGGCCACAGAGAGCACUGGCCAAAUCAACAAGAGACUUAGUUCGCUGUCUUACAAGUCUCGAGAGGAAGACCCGACUCUUACAGAAGAGGAGAUUUCUGCAAUGUACUCAUCUAUAAGUAAGCCAGGACAGACUCUGAAAGUGCCAGAAUCCACUUACUCCUGUAUUCAAGAGGUAGCUCCAAAGAGAUCACCGUCGUCUGGUAAUGAUCUCUACGCUACAGUACGGGACUUCGAGAAAAACCCAAACAUCUUGCCUCCCCCCGGAGUCCAUUCAAAUGGGGAGCCAGAGCCUGACUAUGAAGCGAUACAGUCAUUAAACAAGGAUGAAGAAAAGACCGUGUCAAUGGCCAAUGGUAACCACAUCACUUUUCCAAAAGAAAAUGACUAUGAGAGUAUUGGGGACUUACAACAGAGCAAAGAUAUCACCAGACUUUAAUGCGAAGACAAAAUUUUUUUUAACAUUAUACUAUCAGCAGUUUGGAAAUGUGUCUCUAUUUGAAGAAAAACAAAAAGUCAUAAUAAAUCACAAAAUAUGCAUUGCUUUAGAGAACUGAAAACAAUGGAGGGGCAGUGACCAUUUUCCAACUUUCUCAAGCAAUAAGGUACACACAGAUAUGCAUUCACACAUAUAUAAUAAAAAUAAACAAACGUUUCAUCCUCCUCCCUAAAAUGGUUCAUUUCCUCUUGCAGUGAAGAUAAAAAUGUUGGCGGUUCCCAAGGAUGUCCAAUAUAUUUUAAAUGAACCAUAUUCACUAUAAUGUAUAGCACUUGCCUAAAAUACUGCCUUUCAGAAGAGCCAGUUGUUCAUUGUUUUUGCUACCUGCUGAAAAAUUUUAAAUGUGUGGCUGUUUUUCUUCUCACCUUCAAACUGAACAACUCAUCCCAAGGAUUUUCUCCCCUAAAGUUCAGGAUUUUUACUCCAGCUUAGACCUAUUUGAACUACGGCUAAUGUGUUUGCCAUCCCAAUCUUCAGUGCUCUUCAGGGAGUUGCUUAUUCAGCAGCUGGGGAUUCAAACUCCAGCACGCAAAUAGGAGAUUUUCUGUGAGUCUCUUCAGAGUUUUGUCACUUCCUAUGUUGGCACUCUACUAGUGGCUUACAACAAAAGUACUUGAAUUCAGUUUUAGAUGCUUUAUUUUAUUUUUCUAGUCAAAAACUUUUUUCGGUAUUUUAAGAAGAUUCAGAAUUUUUUCAGUGUUUUAAGAAUGUUAUGGUACUUAAAGAAUUCUUUUUAAUUAGCCGGGAACUCAUUAUUUCAAACAGAGAGCCUUAAUCUUUAUGUUUGGACACAGACCACAUAUUUGGACAGUGGCCACACUGUCUGGCUCUGAAGGGCUGGGAACACAAAUGUGUGUUUCAAAGUACCUUUUCUGUCCAUAUUAUAAGAGUAUUGACUGGCUUGAGUAAGUCAUUCUCAGAAAUUAAUCUAGAUUCAAUAGAGCAUUUGUAAGCAUUUAUUUUUAGUAUGUAAAUAUCUAAAGCAUUUUGGUUUGUGCCUAGCCCCUAAAGAAUAUCAGAAAUUAUGUAAAUGAACUAUUUCCAUCUUACAAGUCAUUUAUAAUCUUCAAAAAGAACAAAAAACUCAGAAAACAUCUAGGCUAGUUAAUUACAGGUAGUUUUUUUUUUUUUUUAAACCUUACUCCAACCACAUAUGUAAGAGUUGAGAGUUUUAAAGAUUCAGGUUUAAAAUGGUACAUUGAGCUGCUGGUCAGAAUCACCUUAGUAAAUAAAUAAUUAAAUAAUUGUAUUUUGCUCAUCGGUACUAAUAUUUUGAGGUACAAAAUUGUAGAAAUACUUGGUUGAAACAGUUGCACAGAAGACAAGGAAUCUUCCUACCAAUUGUCACUAUUCCCAGUAAGUGCUUAUUUGUUAUUUCUUUCAGGUUAUUAUAGUUCAAUGAUUAUGCUGCCUAACUAACAGAUUUUGAUGAGCAACUAGGCAUUUCCUACUUUUUAUGUUAACUUGAAGCCAGUUGUCACAAUUUAAGGAAGAACCCGUUCUGCUCCAAGCUGGUCUUACAUGUACCCACUCAGAUCUUACAAAAUGACCAUUCAAAGAUUUCCUUUCCUAAUUCAAGAAGAAAUCUCAUUAUUGGUAUCAUUGUGAAGGAUGAUUUACAGUCAUUGGAAAACCACAGGUUCUUCUGACCACUAGAAAAGGAGGAAAUUAUUCUGUAUUGUUAUUAAUAAUUGUCACCCUUUUGGUUUCAUAAUGUGUGCUAUUUUCCCCCUCUCUGUAACAAUGAAAGUUAUCGGGAGGCUAAUACUGCUUGAAAAAAUAUAUAGUUUCAUAGAUGUGCUUUCCAGCAAGUGGAAUCAUUUCUUUGAUUUCAUGACUGUUCUAUACAUUUAGUUAAAUUUACAAUUCUGAAAUAAGACUUAUUUCUAGGGGAAUUAGCUGAUUAGCUAAUCAAGCAUAGGGUUUAUAUCUUCAGAAACCAGAUCUCCUGCUAAGACAUUAGGAGUACAACAAUAGACUUAGCAAGAGAGUAAACUAGUCCAAAUUACAUUUCCAUAGUACAGGAUAAAUGGCAGCAUUCCUAGAGAGCCAAUGCUGUGGAGUAAUUGAAAAUAUCUUUACUGUAUCCAAAUAUCUGUGACCACAAGUCAUGACUUAAGCACUUCAUAGUUAAUGAAUUAGGAACUUUAAAAGGCCCAUCAGUUCUUGUAUAGGGUAUAGGGUCUUCAUUCAAUAUAUGUUAAUAGUAAUUGUCACAUAUUCCUGGCCAGCUAGGCAGUUCCAUAAAUAAUGGACUUAAUUAUCACCUCUUGGCCUCAAGAAGUUAUUAUUCAUCUCUAAAUGCAUCUCUUAACAACAGGAAGAGUAAUUUUGGUACUGAACCUGACAAAACUUUUAGAGAGAAACCCUCUUUUUUGCAUUUUUUUCCCCUUUAAUAGCUUUUAAAUAUAGAUUCUGUGUAUCAGAUCGGUAAGAUAUGCAUUAAACAUCUCUUGAUUUUGAGGACCCCUGACAGAGGGAGAUGUAAGGUCUGUCAGUUAAUUAACAGGUUGUAGAAGAAGAUUCAGAGAACCUGAUUAAAAGCAACACACACACACUCCCACCCCACCCCCCCCACACACAUACACAGACACACACUCUAAAAGAUUGGAUAAUAGCACAAUGAUUUCUAUUGAGGACAGGAUAUAAAGAGGAGUUUGGCUGGAUAUUAGACCCAAUUGUUGUUUGCCUUUAUUGUUCCCUUUUGGACAUUAAACAACAAAUAAAAUAUUCAUACCAUUUUUCAUACUUCUACCAUAGUUGGAUGAAAAUCUGGAAAAACUGAUCACUUCUACCAAAUCCAACAUUAUUAAAAUUCAAAUAUACAUGAAGAAUCCCUUUUGCAAAUCAGUUGUUAUUUCUUUUUAUGAAUUAUAUUAGAGUUCUUUAGAUAUAUGAGAGAUCUGUCCAAUUCUUCUGUAUAUCAGAAUUACAACCUCACCUGGAAAUGAGCCAGUGAUAUUCUUCUGUUGUUGUUAUUGUUUAAACUGGAUUUAUUUUAAAAUUCCAAUUUAACUUUUUAUUCCCAUUAUAUUUUUUGAAUAGAAAUUUUAUCAUAAAAUGAGUUUAAAGAAUUUCUAGGAACAAAUUACAGUCUAGAGAAAAAAAAUAGCAAUUUCCCCAAAAAAUAAUCUAAUGUUUAUUCUUGCAUCUCCUAUCCUAAUGUAAAUUAUGUCAAUAGUUCUUUUAAAACAUUUGAAAAUAUAACUUUUCCUUAGGUGAAAGGUGAUGAUCACUAUUUUAACUGCCUUGUCACAAAAAUCCAAGGAACUAUGUUUAAUUAGGUGCUAAAAUUAAUGGCUGAUUGUCAACACAAAGCAAUAUUGUCAUUUUACUUUAAUAUGGGACAGCAUCUAUUUAUUCUAGAGAACAUGUUUUCUUAAUUUUUCUAAUUCUGUCUAUUUAUUCUUUUUUUCAACUGGUAUUUUACAAAGUGAAAGCACCAAGCACCUGGUUAUCACUUACACAUAUCCCUGGCACUCACUGAAUGAGAAGCAGUCGGUAAUGUGCCAUCUGAAUGUUCAUCUGAGAGAUUAGCUGAACUGUUGUCAGAGAAGCAAGACUGUAACAUAUUCUCUAACAUAUGGUGAUUUAAAGGAAAAACUUUCUUAAGGAAUUCUGACUCCUUAAACUUUUCUUAUAUGAAAACAUUCUAAUUCUUCAAUAUCACCUACAUUUUCUUAAUUUUCCCUGCUACAGUAUAAUCCCCAUUGAGAAGUUUUAACUGCUAGUUUACAAAAGUUUUUUUUUCCUUUUUGUGUCAUUGAGAGAAUGACAAUGAAAAUGUAAAUAGAUAUACUCCUCAGAUAUGUGUACAGUAGGAGAUUUGGCCUAUAGCUUUAAAAAAGGAGGGGGAAAAAAGGUAAAUGUGAGAAAUGACAAUGGAGCCAAUGCAUGGUGACUCCCCAAGACAGCAACAGCCAAUGAAAACAUAGUAGUUAUCUUAUUCCAUUCUUUUUAGUUAUUUCUGUGGUUCUAGGCAUGGAAUCAGCAGGCAGUAAAGUAAUGUGUUUUUUUUUUUUUCAAAAGGAUGUACUCCACAGAUUUCAGCAUGGCUGUAAUUUCAAGACUUGUGCAAUUCUAAAAGUCAUUCACAUCAAGACUGAGAUGCAGUUUUGUAAAUGAGUAAAUGCCAAGAUUUCCUUUCAGUGUUCCUUGUAAUAGUCAGUCUCACUCAGUGUGGUAUAGUGAUAAUGUUCUCAAAGUGUUGAUUUGUGCUGCUCUACCAGAUUAGCAUUGGCUGCUGAGAGCCCAGUAGGUACUGAUGGUUAUUUCCUGGAUUUCUUGACAAGUUUAUUGUACAAUGCUUUGGGGGAAUUGGGGGGUGUAGGGUUAAAAUAAUGUUCAGUGUUAAGUGACUUAUGUGAAAAUAGGAACACGUCUAUAAAUAUAGUAUGGCCUUUAUUUACAGUGAAACCCUAAUUUUGCUGUAAUAUCUUCUUGUUUUGUACUGUAACUUUCUGUAAAUGCUUUAAACCUCACUGUGCCAUUAGAUGGUUUGAACAAAAUCUUCCCAAUAGAAUAACCCAAAGUGCUGAGAUUAGAAUGCUGAGAAAGCUGUCCAGAAAAACAUGAUAAACUCAAGUUAACCAGUCAGUAUUAACAGAAUACUAAAGGGAAAAAAAGAACUAGGAGAAGAAUAUUCACAUUCUAUAAAUGUGCAAAUGAACUUUCAUUAUCCCUGCCCUUCAUUUUAUCCAGGCACAGAGAUUUGUAAAGUGCUUGAUGACUUUUCCUAGUAUUUUUUUUUUUAACCAGUCUCCCAGAUCCCUUCAAAAUCUCACAGGAAAAGAGAUUUACAAUCGUGUAGUACUUCUCAGUUAUCAGCCAAUUUGGUUCUAUCUUCUCUUAGUACAAUUAGAUUAGAUUUUGCUUGCCAGUAUACUGCUUGUGCACCAUGGGUAUUUGUCAAAGAUGUAUUAUGCUCUAGUUGUCUCAUCACACAGUGUAAUGUGUUCAAAAGGCUGGUAAUUACCAUUCCUCAGACUCCCGUGUUUCAAAUCUACAGAAAUAAAAUGCUUCUAUGUCACCUUUUAAAUGAUUGUGUAGGUUUUACACAUUUUAUGUUUCUGUGGGCCAGAAGUAGAACAAAACAUAGUGAUAGAGACAGAUAUACAAAGAAGAAUGUUUCUAGUCUGUGUUCUUUAUUCAUGCAUUUUUCUUCAUCAGAGUUGACCAUUAGAAAGUUAUGUUUUUUUCUUCUAUAUGAUUCAUACUUAUUUUUAAUGGCUUCCCUUGAACAAAAAUAAUUUGAGGUGCUUAUGUGGUUCUUUCCUGAAUAUCUAAAAAAGUAUUUAUAAUGUCAAAAUUAUGAAAUGCUUAAAAUAGUACAAAAAUAUAACUAAUAGCACAGCUGAAUUUUGUGGUGGGAGAUGCCUAUAUCUGCUCCAGUGCUUUUAUUAUUCUUUUUGGUCCAAUUUCCUUUACAGUAGCAGCCCUCUUUACAAUCACUCUUUUCAAUCCUUCUUUCAUAAUUAGGACUCACCUACUACAGCUCCACUCAAAAGUUUUCAGCACUAGUCCCAGUGCCAAAAUGUAAGGUAUUCACAAGCUAAUGGUGAAAUAUUCCUUAGAGAACCAAGAAGAGUAAAGCACCCCUAUAGCACUUGUUUCACUGAACCAUAUGUGUGCCAUUUAAAAUGAUGAUAGCACUGGCCUUUCAUCAGUAUAAUGAAUUUUGAGUUGCUUUUCCAAUAUCAUUCAGCCAUUCAGGGUUCUUUACCUACUCUCUCUUAUGGGAGAUUGGUUGUCUAUGGCUUUGGAAAAGAAUUGUUCUGGGAAUAGUUAUGCUUCCACCUAAAUACUUAAAAAAUGCUUAUUGAGUGACCAGUCUUUGAGAGAUCAAACCCACAAUCUUUACUUCAUUGGCACUAUGACCUAACACUAGCACUACAUCAGGAAACCCUUUUUGCUCUGCAAAAGUUCCAUGAGAGUCUGUCUUAUUGACUGCUCUGUGGAAGAUAAAAUUCUUGUUAAUAGUAUAUUUGAACAACAGAAUGGUGUCUAACAUUAGCUCUCAAAACUUGGUUUAUAUUGUCAUCUAGUUCCCUCCCAGGUCUGGCAAUUUCUGAUCUUAAACUUCAAGGCAAAUAUAUCCAGAAGCACACUAACUUUAGCAUUGUAAACAUGAUCCUUUUGUUCCUUUAGUUAUUCACAUGGGUUUACCAGGAGGAGAAUACCUUCUCAAAAAAAAAAAAAAAAAAAAAAAAAAAAGUAAUUUACAGAGCUGCUGUAUUUAUAAUUAAUUGGGAUUUAUCCUCUUUUCUCUGUACCCACCUGUGCCCAAAUGGCUUGAAAUUGUUAAUGUGUCUAACCAGGGAAUGAGUGAAGAAUUGGAGAGAAGUUGGCUGAUUAUGUGCAAGCUAUCUGACAUUGAGAAUCCAAUUCUACUCACUUCUAAUUAGUGAUUCAAAUGUUUCAAUAAUAUAAUAGUUAUGAUUGCAAUUUUCAAUAUGUACAAUAUUAGUUUGUAUUUAAUUGUUUUGCCUUUUCUAUACCAUAAUAACUGAUCACAAUUCAUAAUUCAUCUUGAGGAUAUAAACAUUAUUAAGCCCCUACUACAUACAUGAAAGAUUGUCAAAUGUAAAAAGAAAGUUCAGAUUGAAAAAAAGUGUUCUGAUUUAUUACAUUACAUCCAUUUCCUUAAAAAAAAAAACUCACCUAUAUGAUAAUUAUAUAAUCUAAUAUACUCUAAAGGAUAAUUAAAGCUCAAAGGAAGAAACUUUUUGACCCCUGUAGAAUGCAAAUUAAAACUUUGUGGGAGUGCUACCUAUCUUAAUGAUUUGCUUUUCUUUCAUUAACUUCCCACUGUCAUACACACAUCCCCCCACCCUCAUAGAUUACAGAUCUGAAUCUAUCUAAAAAUAGUAUCUAGUGCUUUCUUACUAUGGAGUGAUUCUUUUAUCCUAGGUUGUCCCUCCUGAGAAGUAGCAUUGCAGUAUAGGAGACUUCCCCUGAAAGAUGGCAACUCCAUUCACAAGAUGAAAAUAGUGAUAAACCAAAAAGAGCUUGAACGUUUCUUAAACAAGUCUCAACAUACUUAUUAAACACCCAAGCUACCUAAGAUAUUUAUCAUCCAUCAUUAAGGUUUUCCUUUUUAAAACUAGCAAAAAAAAUAUUUUUAAAUCUUCCCUAGCAUUGCACAGGCAGGUGGCAUCUACAGGAUAACUAUGUGCAUAAAACAAUGGUAGGUAGUUUUUAUAGUUGCCUAUUACUAAUUAUUUUAAAUUUUACCAUUUAAAGUUUACUCAAUCAAUAAGCAUUUAUCAAGCACUAUCUGGAUGUCCCAGGGACUGUUCUGGAGAUUAAAGAUAGAAACUCAGAAGCGGAAACAGUCCUUGCCUUCAAAAAGGGGUUAUAUUCUGUCAGGAUCUAUCAGGAUUUCCCUUUGCAUUUAGCACAGACUUUUUUUUUUUCAAAUUAACUGUGUCAAGUAGCUAUUAUGUACUCAGCAACAUGUAAAAGAAAAAUUGAUUUCAAUUAUAUGUCUCUGUUUACCCAGCAUCAGGAAAAUAGAACAAUCUUCCCAACUCCCUUUCUACCCUUCUAAGACUUUAUAAUGCAUAAAUGUGUACAAGAUGACUGAAACUAUAGACUAGGUUACUAAAUCAAUAAUUUAAAAAAAUAAAAUUAUUCAUUUCCAUUUCUUUUUACCUGGAAAAAGACUGGUCUAUGAAUGACAUAUUGUCACAAUAUUAAGUUGUAAGUGGCUAGACACACCCUUUCAAGGAAUUCCAAUCAUUGAGACAUUCUUUACUUAAAAUAAAUAAAUAAAUUCCUCAAAUCUUUACCAAAAAAAGUACUUCCCUGAUCAGUUUCUGUAAAACUAUAAUAUCAGUCUGCAAUAUACAGUGGAAAAAAGAAAAAUACAAAAGUUUUUUUUUUUUUUUCAAAUUU